AUGGCAGACGAGGAGACAGCCGAAGACGACAAAGGCGUGGAAGAAGCAGCAGACGAAGAAGCGACUGAGGAAGCAGCAGACGAAGUGACAGCAGACGAAGCGACGACUGAAGAAGAGACAGCCGAUGAAGAAACAACCGAAGAAGAGACGGCUGAGGAAGACAAAGGCGUGGAAGAAGCAGCAGACGACGAAACAGCUGAGGAGACAGCAGACGAAGCGACGACUGAAGAAGAGACAACCGAAGAAGAAACGGCUGAAGAAGAGACAGCUGAAGAAGCGAUGACCGAUGAAGAAACAACCGAAGAAGAGACGACGGAAGAAGACAAAGGCACAGAUGAAACAGCACUUGAAGCCGGAGCCGAGGAAGCUGGGCUAGAUGAAGCCUGGCUAGACGAAGCAGAAACACUCACGGAAGAACUUCCAGGAGUGACAGUUGCGGACGAAGAGACACCGGAGCUGGAAGCAAGGUGUGAAGACGAAGCAACAAUGGUAGCAGAGCUAGAGACAGCAGGGGUACUCAAAGAAGAGGAAGCACCACUGGAGGCAGGCGAGGAAGAAGCCGGGCUGCUGGACACAGAAGAGGAAGAAGCAGAAGCACUUCCAGAGGGUGAAACAGCAGAGCUAGAAGCCGGGCUCGAGGGAGUAGAAGUACCAAGAGGGCUCGAGGAAGGUGAAACAGUGACAAUCACAGAUCCUGAGGCAGAGCUCGACGGGAUGGAGCCCGAAGAAGACGCGGUAACGAAAGUGGAUGGAGCAGGGGUAGUGGUGGGUACAAUGGACGAUCCGCCAAGAGACGAAGACAAAGACACAGACCCAGAUGGGCUCAGGACAGGAAUAGAAGUAACGACAGCAGAGCUAGUCACACCAACAGAGCUGCUGGGAGUGCUAGAAGGGGUGGCUGAGGAAGUCGGAGGCGAAUAG